AUGGGUGGUGUUCGGCAGCAGCUCAUGGCCGCCGUCCUCGUGGCGGUGGCGCUGAUGGCCACGGCGGCGGAGGGGUACAUCACUCAGAAGACAUGGGGCGCCAUCCGCCGGGCGAACCGCGCCGGGCCGUUCGUCGGCCUCGUCGUGCCCAAAACAUACGAGAUGGUCCCCGUGCUCGAGUCGCCCAGCUUCGUGGCCAGCAAGAGCAUCCCUAACAUGGACAUCCAAGGGCGAAGGUUUCGCUUCGGAACCAUCGAAGGCCAAAGCGUCGUCAUCGUCAUGACUGGACUGAGCAUGCUCAACGCUGGUCUGACCACCCAGAUGCUGCUGAGCCUGUUCCGGGUGAAGGGCAUCGUCCACUGGGGCAUCGCUGGCAACGCCAACGAGGACCUCCAGAUCGGCGACGUCACCAUCCCCGAAUACUGGGCCCACGUUUCCCUCUGGAACUGGCAGCGGUUCGGCGACGGCAAGGAUAACGAGCUACCGCUGGAGGCCGCCGGCGACUACACCCGGGAGUACGGCUUCCUCAACUUCUCCGACUACACCGUGGGGCAGAGCAACCCGGCGCUAUCCGCCAACCAGCUCAACAGCAUCUGGUACCAGCCGGAGGAGAUCUUCCCCAAGUCCGGCGAGCCCGAGGAGCGGCAGCACGCGUUCUGGGUGCCCGCCAGCAAGCGGUACUACGCGCUGGCGGCGAAACUGGAGGGCAUGGAGCUGCCGGCGUGCGUGAACGCGACGACGUGCCUGCCCCGCGCGCCGCGGGUCACCCGGGUCAGCAAGGGCUGCAGCGCCAACGUGUUCCUGGACAACGCCGAGUACCGCCAGUUCCUCCGCAAGCAGUUCGAGUGCACCCCCGUGGAGAUGGAGAGCGCCGCCGUGGCCCUCGUGGCGCACACGCAGGGGGUGCCGUUCCUCACCAUCCGCUCGCUCUCCUACCUGGCCGGGGGAGGCUCCGCGCUCGGGAACGAGGCCAGCACCUUCAUCGACAUCGCCGCCAAGAACGCCGUCGAAGUCAUGCUCAAGUUCGUGCCGCUGCUCGGGAAGGGCGGCGACGAGAUGGAGGACGGCGCGGCCGCGGACAUGUGA